AUGGGGGCCGUGGAUAAGUACGGGGUAGAGUUUGUGACCUUCCAGUUCUUGGGUGAUGCCAAGCUUUGGUGGAGGGCUUAUGUGGAGUGUAGGCCAGCUGGGUCUCCUCCGUUGACUUGGGUUCAGUUUUACUCUGUGUUUCUGGACAAGUACGUUCCGCGUACUCUGAGGGAUCGAAGGAAGGAUGAGUUCUCUACUAUUGGUCAGGGGAACUCGUCUGUUGCUGUGUAUGAGUCCCGUUUCCACUCCCUUUCUCGUUAUGCUCUUCAGUUACUGCCCACUGAAGGGGAGAGGAUACGGCGGUUCGUGAAGGGGUUGAACACCGGACUGCAGUUAUCGGCUCUUCAGCUUGUAGCCACUGGGGCUUCAUUUCAGGAGAUAGUGGAGCAUGUCCGUAUCGUUGAGGGGAUUAGGCAUGAGAGUUAUACAAGGCAAGUUGAGAAGAAGGCCCGUAAGGGUGGGAUGUUCAGUAACUCCUUCUCGAGGGGUCAGAGUUCGCAGGUAUAUUCAGGGCGUCCGGUUCAGUCCGCGAUGCAGGUGUCAGCUGGGGGCCCAUCAGGGGCAAAUUAUCAAGCUUCCGGUCAGCAUGGAGGCUACACUGCUUCAUCAGCUUCUGUUCAGCGGCCUACGCUGGACCGUGCUUGCUUCGAGUGUGGUGAGAUAGGGCAUAUUAAGAGGUAUUGCCCCAGACUUAGACAGAGUGGGCAGGGGACUCAGUAUCAGACUCCCCGAGCUCCAUUUGCACCAGAUCGAGGGGGUAAGGAUCGCGCACCGGCAGGGCAGGGCGGGGCGGCCACACCGUAG